GGGUGGCGCAGCGACCUCGUCCCCGUCUGAUUUCAGAGAAGCCUAUGUCGUCAAUUCACUUGUCGAAGGAGCCACACUGAACGAGGAAACGUGCUCUCCGAUAUGUCUCUGUCUUACGUUCUUGAACCACCUGCAUCAGGUUUUAGCUUCGAAAAUUCGACCAGAAAUGCCAUAGUGGAGAAUUCGCUUGGAAACGGCAACGUCAAGACACCAAGUCCUCUCAAAACAGGGACCACAAUAGCUGGUGUUGUUUAUAAGGAUGGCGUUGUCCUGGGGGCAGACACCAGAGCCACAUCCAGUGAGGUAGUGGCUGAUAAGAUGUGUGCUAAAAUCCACUACAUUGCUCCAAAUAUAUAUUGCUGUGGUGCAGGCACAGCAGCAGACACUGAGAAAACCACAGAGAUGCUCUCCUCCAACCUCGCCAUCUUCUCCAUGAACAGCGGCAGGAACCCACGCCUAGUCAUGGCUGCUAACAUCCUACAGGAUAUGCUCUUCAGGCACAAGGGACAGAUUGGGGCCCAUCUUAUUUUAGGAGGGGUAGACUGCACGGGAAGUCAUCUCUAUACUGUUGGCCCAUAUGGAAGCAUGGAUAAGAUGCCAUAUCUGGCCAUGGGGUCUGGAGACCUGGCUGCUAUGGGAAUAUUGGAGGAUGGAUUCAAACUUAACAUGGAGCUUGCGGAUGCCAAGACUUUGGUGCGUGAUGCUAUCCAUGCUGGAAUCAUGAGUGACCUAGGAUCGGGCAACAAUAUAGACAUCUGUGUCAUCAGCAGAAAGGGUGUAGAUUACAUAAGGCCUUUUCAAGAAUCACAGUUUAAGGACAAAAGGCAAAGGAAAUAUAAGUACAAAGCUGGAACGACACCAGUUUUGAGUGAGACCAUAGUGCCUCUGAAACUAGACCUUGUGGAAGAGACCGUUCAGCUGAUGGAAACAGCAUAGGCCUAAAACAGCACAAUGAUUCACAGCCCAUCCAUUUACCAACAACAUUAUUUUCUUUUCAAUACACAUUUGGAAAAUUGUGUUAUUUCUUUAAACAUCUUACUGUUGUUAUGAUCAUUGUGUUUUAUUUAAUAAGAUAAUUACAGUUUUGGACUUUACAUUAUGGAAAUACAUUUGUAUUUGUACAUUUGUGCGUCAGAUGAAUAGUAAUAACUUUACUUACCUUUAACUUUAUGAUCACAAUAAUACUGCACCAUUGUUUUUCAAUGUAUAACAUUGCAUUUAUAUCAUACAGAAAUAAAAAUGGGUGCUAUACAUUGGUUGUAUGACAGUUUGCAGGCUAGUAAUAUUUAACCAGUGCUGACUUGGUCAAAUGAAUGCACUUAUUUAUUAAUAAUAUGACCAACAUUUACUGCUACUGCAAAAAAAUCGGUUGCACAUCAAUGAAAUUUCUAGAAUUAGUUCAGCAUUUCUCUUAUGUUUUACAAAAUUGAUUCAUGCUGUUAUUAUUCAUGCUGUUGCCCAAUUUGAUCAAGUAAUCCCAAUGAAAUUGUUUAAAAUAAGUUUACAUGAAAUAUUCAUGUAAUAUCAACAACAUUGUGUCAUACAGGUGGAUGUAUGUAUUAAGAGUACUAAUUUGGAUGUACUUAAUAUUGUCACAUCAAUGUUAAUUGAAAACUCAAGCAAUAUCCUCACAUUAAGUAUGUAAGGUAAAGUAUAAAGAUAUAUUAGUGAUAGAUUACAUAUUUAUCUGUAGCCAUUAGUAGCCAACUUUGUGCAUACUCAAUACCUAAACAUUCAUCGUGGGAACAAAGCAUGAUUCAUCUUAAAGCAUAAGAUACAGCUCCAAGUGUACUGGUCUCUAAGCAUAACCUACUUUAAGAAAACCCAUGUCAAAACCUUUAGCAACACUUUUUGUGGGGUAAUUAUCUGUUAUUGUAAAGGAUCAUGGGAACACAAUGAAAUGGUGACCCUAAGGCAGUGGUUCUCAAAGUGUGGGGCAGGCCCCAUUAGUGGGGAAUAGAGAUAUGACAGGUGGGGCGCGAGGAACACCUCCAAGUACAGCUAUUGGAUCUCAUGCCUAUCUUUAAUAAUGCCUUUCUUUUUUGACAAGGAAGAUCAUAGAUUCAAAACAAAAUAACCACAUACAAACAUGAGAGUCAAACAGACCGAUAUAUGAAUUAAAAUAACAUCUGAUCCAGUGGACUGAGACGGGAAAUGUAACAUGGAUCGAAGAUGUGAAAAAAGUAUUUUAACGUUACCAUUUUGCCAGGUUGAUGGGGUCAGGUGGGGCUUGAAAAUUCCCCACCUUCAAAGUGGGGAAUGACAGAAAAAGUUUGAGAACCAAUAGCAUCCCAUGUGAUAAAUUAAUUGCUGUAGCAAAAUCUGCCAGUUCAAAAUAAUAACAUUGUGUUUGAAAGAAAACCAUGACUUUGUUUAAUUUCAUAUUUUGUGGUUUAAUAGGCUAACUGUGCCAAACCUCUUUUCCUUUUCCUUGCGUGAUUCAAAAAUUGAUUGCUCAAUUGGAAUGACUAUUUGAACAUGAUAAAGUCAUUAAAAACCAGACUGUUUUAUGUAAUCAUAA